GUAUGGUUAGCUGAUUAUGAGACUCGGAAUAUUGUAGUUAAAAUGCCCACAAACCUUCCGGUUUUCAGUAGAUUCUAUGGAAGCUGUUGUCGUCAAAAUAUUACGUAGAAAGGUCUGAAGAGCAUGUUAAGCGGUGACUGAGAAAAGGGUCAAAGGUUAUUUGGUGUCUCAUAUCGUGGAACUUACAGAAACAAUGAUCAACGUCAUCCAUAUGUUACACUUGUAUAUUUACAUAUAUACAACGCGCCGUGUGCUGUUUUUGUCCCUUCUAGUAUUAACAUGGUUACUGUGUGGGGUAUUAGGAUACCAUGUUUGGUACUUGAGGAUGGUUAAACCUUUCUCUGAUUUCACGUAUCCAACAGAAGCGGAUUUUGUGACUUUGUAUGCAAACUUCAAAGAAAAUGGGAUGUUACCAACGGAAAUCAAACCAAUUAAUACACACCCAUUCCAUUACAUCUAUUUAAAACAGAAAUGUGAUUUCAAAUCGGAUAAAACUGUCUCUUUGUUAAUUCUGGUAAAAUCUUCUGUGGGGAAUUUUCAUCUUCGAGAAGGUAUUCGGGAGACAUGGGGGAAAACUAAUGGAGAAAACAUCGAAAUUGUUUAUUUGCUAGGCUACCGGCCAGAGCACCAACCUAAAGUGGACCAAGAAGCAGGUCUCCGUGGCGAUAUUAUACAGGAAUCGUUUAUAGAGGCAUACAGUAAUAACACAUACAAGACUAUUAUGGGAUUUAAUUGGGCUAUUGAGUAUUGUCAUAAAGCAAAUUACAUCAUGUUUGCAGAUGAUGAUCACUAUUUAGUUCUUCCAAAUAUCCUGAUAUAUAUCAACAAACUUUAUAGAUCCAAUAAUGCCAAUCUGAUAGUGGGGUUCGCAUACUUCCAUGAAAAACCUCACAGAUACACUUCAUCAAAAUGGUAUGUGACUAUAGAGGAAUAUCAGUACGACAAAUAUCCUCCAUAUCUCACAGCCGGCGCAUAUUUAGUGUCACGGGAAGUCGCCGAUAAAUUGGUGUUUUCUUUCCCAUAUGUAAAGCAUAUUUGGAUAGAUGACAUAUAUAUCAGUAUUGUAAGUCUGAAGCUAGGGAUAUACCCACAACAUGAACCCAGAUUCAACCAGCCGUCUUAUUUACUUCACACAGAAACAAGAAAUAUGGUUUAUCAUGAUUUCAAAACAAAGGAAGCUUUUAUAAACGUGCAGAAGUUUCUACGUGGCUUUCCUACAGAUUCGCCUUCGUCAAAAAUGUGUCGGUAUUCCUGGAAAUGUUUGGCUUCGAUAUUACUAUAAAAAACUAACAAUUUGUGUGUGUUUUUUUGUUGUUUUUUUUGUGUUUUAAUUUAAACUUAGCUCCCAUUCCAGAUCUCCGAUUUAUGUUUACGUGGCUUUGAAGUGCAUGAAGUGCAGUUAGAAUAUCUAGUCGGACAAAGUGUUCGUUUACCAACCAGUGUAAAAAAAACGUAGUGUAAUGAACCUGGUUCAUACAAUUAACCGAAUGGUCAACAUUUUUCUUCUUUUAGAUGAAUUUCGUGAAUUUAUGAAUAGGCUUAAC